AUGGAAGAGGAAGAGGAACAACCUUUUGUCGCUAUACUCAAGAAACCCAUGCUUACUGAGGAAGUUCCCUUUCGUGACACUUUUGGUACUUUUGUGCAGCUCCUCCUUGUUCCUUCACCUAUUUCUUUUGAGAGAGCUUCUUCUGCUUCUCAAAUGGCUACUACCACUUCGGCACCCUCUCAACCCCUUCCUUUGGCUUUACUUCCUCUGACUUCUGGACCACGAGCUAAAAGAACCCCUUGCAGGAGGUCUUCUCCGAGUCCAGGAUCAUCAACUAUCCAUGCUCCCACAAUUGAAUCACCUUUUAUUGCUUUGCCACCUUCCAUCCCCUCUAGUUCUUCUUCUGUUAUUCCCAUUUCUACCACUUCUUCUCUCUCUCUUCCUUCUUCUUCUACCCGACCUUCCUCACCUUCUGUCUCCCCACCUUUAUUUAGACAGGCUAUGGGUCUGCCCUCUCAACUGGGACAAGCUUCGGACCCUCCUAGUUAUGGUCUUCUGCAACUACAGGGCCUGCUGGCUGAAUCUUGGCAGCAUAGCCAAGAACUGUCAAGGGGCACUAGUUUUUCCAACCGCGCUGACAGUCAUAGUCGUCAAGCUGUUGUCAUAAACCAACUGAUCAUUGCCUUGGAAAGGGAAAAUGACAAGUUAAAAGCCCAAAUAGAGGCACUGAAAGCUAAUCUUCCUCCUUCCCACACUGAGCUUACUCAGUUACAAGAGAAGAUAGCUUUACAGGCUCAACAAAUAGAGGCCAUGAAAAAGGAACUGCAGCAGGAGCAACAGUCAUUGAAAAAUAAAGAGCUUGAAAGAAAAACCCUAGAGUUGCGAGUGGAUCGGUUAAGUUCCAGCCUCCAGGUGGAAUAUGCUUUAAAAGACAAAGUCAUCUCAGAUAUUUCUCAUAAAAAUGUUGUCUUAGAGAAGGUGGAGAGGCUUCACAAUGUCUUUCUUUCUGAGCAGGCUCAAGAUUCAGCCUCAAGAGAUUUUGCUAUUCUACAAGAGCAAGAACAAAGAAAGGCUCAAGAUGCCGAGAUAUCCUCACUCCAGAAGGAGAUAGAGCAGCUUAAAUCAGAAAGAGAUGCUUUCAAAGCCCAAGCUGCCACAUUACAAACCGAAUUUCAAAGUUAUAAGGAGCAGGAGGAGGAUCGAUGGGAGGACAGGCGCUUAACCUAUCUAAGGUCCCCAGCAUUUACUAAUGAAUAUAUCCGCUGGGUCAUAGGGACUUUAAAUCAUUCCGUGACUGGAGUUAUUCAACAAUUGAGGGAAGGUGGUUAUUAA